AUGCUGUUGUCGUUCGGUGUUAUCCUCUUGUGGUUCGGUGAGCUGCUGGGAGGCGCGCCUCCAAGCUCGUUAGUGUCCCUUUCUUCUGCAUUUUCAUCGUGGGAAAAUUUUGAAAACAUCACCAACGAGCCGGGCUUUACGAGGAAGAGCCGAGUGCUGCGGGGUGUGGCGAAAUCCGUUUUAUUAGUGAAUGAAACUAACGUGCUGAAUAGAAAUUCCAUCAAUACGGCAUUCGAGCGAACGAGAUUGGCUGCUGCCAGUGGGAAAAAACGUUCACGAGAGGUGUCCAUUCUGGGACUGUUCGAACUGAGCACCCGUCAGGGGGUGCGAAAGGAAGGAUACAGCGAACUGGCGGCCGCUCAACUGGCAGUGCAACAUAUCAACCGGCGAGGUUUGCUGCUUGGGUACACGCUGAAGCUGCUGACCAACGAUACCAAGUGUGAUCCCGGGAUCGGCAUCGAUCGUUUUUUCCAUGCUCUGUACACCCACCUAGAUAAGCGAAUAAUUAUGGUGUUGGGAUCCGCUUGUUCGGAAGUUACCGAAAGCUUGGCAAAGGUUGUUCCAUACUGGAAUAUCGUGCAGGUUUCUUUUGGUUCCACCUCACCGGCUCUCAGUGAUCGGCGAGAGUUUCCACUGUUCUACAGAACGGUAGCACCAGAUUCGUCCCAUCAUUCGGCACGUAUUGCAUUUAUCCGAUAUUUCGGCUGGGAUACGGUCGCCACCUUCGCCGAGAAUGAAGAAGGUCAUUCGUUGGCGAUCAACGAUCUGGUUACCGAGCUGGAACGAGCCAACAUUACGUGCGCAGCGACGAUUUCCUUUGCCGAAACGGACUUCAAGGAACAGCUAAAGCUACUGCGGGAUAAAGACAUUCGCGUGAUCAUUGGUAGUUUCUCACAUGAAAUCGCUGCUAAGGUGUUUUGUGAGGCCUACUAUCUGGGUAUGUUCGGCGCAGACUACGCGUGGAUUUUACAAGACUCGCAGAUCUCCCUCUGGUGGUUGAUGCACUCUGCAACUUGUCCUUUGUCGAACCUGCUGCGAGCAGUCGAGAACGUGCUGCUGGUGUCCAGCUACAAUAGCAUCGUUGGAAUGGGAAACGCCCUUAGCGGUUUGACAAACGAAAUCUUCCUCCGAAAGCUGUUGGAAAUGAACGUAACGGAUCCGGUGUCACAGUUCGCACCGCAAACGUACGACGCCGUGUGGGCGAUGGCACUGGCACUCCGUGGUGCCGAACGAACCUGGACCCAAGUGGCACACCCGAACCGAACGCGGCUCGCCCACUACGACUACACCCGGUUCGAUAUCGCUCGCGAGCUGCUGCGGCAAUUCGACAGCCUACAGUUCAACGGCAUUUCCGGGCCGGUUUCGUUCGAUGGUGCCGAUCGCGUGGGUACGACUUCGUUCCACCAGAUUCAGGCCGGUUCACUACGGUUGAUCGCUUUCUACUACCGGAAGAAUCAUACGCUGGACUUUGGGUGUCCCGGGUGCGAGCCGGUCCAGUGGGAGUCCGGUCAGGUACCGAUUGCUAAGCGUAUCCUGCGACUUCGGGUUGAUGCAAUUUCGCCGCUAGCGUUUUACACCGUGGUGAUCCUGGCAACGGCAGGGAUAGCAAUUUCCGUGUUGUUUCUGGGUUUGAAUUUGCAUUUUCGGAAGUUGAAGACGAUCAAACUAUCCAGCCCGAAGCUGAGCACGAUCACCGUUUGCGGAUGCAUUGUGGUGUACGUGGCAACUAUUUUACUUGGACUGGAUCAUUCAACGCUACCGUGGCCGUCGGUGACGUUUUCCACAAUCUGCAUGGCAAGGAUUUAUUUCCUAUCGGCUGGAUUUUCGCUCGCCUUCGGAGCAAUGUUUGCCAAAACAUUUCGAGUUUACCGGCUGUUUACGCUGAGUGCCGGAGGUUUGUGUAGGGAUAAGAUUCUGAGGGAUACUCAGCUGAUAUCGCUCAUUGGGGUACUGCUGCUGCUGGAUGCUUGCGUGGUAUCCUUCUGGAUGACGGCUGAUCCGAUGGAACGAUACUUGCAUAAUUUGACGUUGGAAAAUAGCGCCACGGAUCGAAGUUUGGUGUAUUUGCCUCAGGUUGAGCUCUGCCGGUCACGUCAUUACGAAAGUUGGCUUGGAACGCUGUACGUCUACAAGGGAAUGCUGUUGAUUGUGGGAGUCUAUAUGGCGUGGCAGACGAGAAAUGUGAAAAUACCAGCUUUAAAUGAUUCCCAGUAUAUUGGAGUAUCGGUCUACAGUGUGGUGAUUACAAGUGCGAGUGUGGCCGUACUGACGAAUCUGCUGUACGAAAGAGUUACAUUGGCCUUUGUGAUCACUUCUGGUUUUAUAUUGGUCUCAACGACUGCCACACUCUGUUUGCUGUUCCUUCCCAAAGUAAAGGACAUUCUCGACAAAGGAGAAGUCUACGAUCCAGUGAUUCAUAGCAUGGGUUUGAAAAUGCAAUGCAACACGCGUAGGUUUGUUGUGGAUGAUCGACGAGAACUUCAGUUUCGCGUUGAAGUUCAAAACCGAGUGUACAAAAAGGAGAUCGAAGUUCUGGAUGCUGAAAUCAGUCGGUUGGAAAAAUUACUUGCUCACUCAUCAGGAUCGUCAUCACAAUCGUCUGACACCAAUGUGAAACCGUUGGACGAAUUUGACGCAUUUAGUGCGACUUCUAGCGGUCUUCCACUGUUGCUACUGUCCGUAUUGCCACCGGUCAUACCAAGAGCUAGUUGGCCAACUGUUGGGCUGAUUCCAUCUCCCUUGAAACGGGACGUGGCGUUCAGCUCACAACCACGAAUAGAAGUUGAAAAUGAUGCAGAAAAUGCGAACGGAAUUAUCGGUCGGAUAAGAUGUUUGUUUGGAUCAAAAAUUCACAAAACUUCUUCGGUCUCGGCGUUAGGUGGAAUCGCCGCUGCCGCGAUGGGUAUGCGUCCUUCCACGUUAACGAUUUUCGCCGAAGUGGACGCUGAGGACGAGCUUUCUCCGCUGAACGAUCGUGAUAGAACGGAGAUCUUUACGGUACAGCAAGCACCGGCUGAGGCGCUGCACCGUCUGACGGGUUCCGAGCCGCGGGUAAAUUUUGUGCUACCAGAAGAGAUCGUUGGCCGCCGUCGGGCAUCGACGACAGUGGAACCGCUAACGUUACGGGAGCGCAUUAAGGGAUCACCACGUUUUCCACACCGGGUGCGUCCGGCUGAUCGACCAAUCCGACUAGGUGAUUGCGGCCAGCCUAGCUUUCUGACCGUUAAAAGUUGUGAAGGGUUACCGCCACGGCAAAAUAAAGAUAUGGAGACGAAGUGGAAAUCGAUGGAUUUAUUAGCAUCAGGGGACGGUGAUCGAUGCUAG